ACAUUGGGCUGUCAAUCACUCAGCUCGUGUGUUAGAGAGAGUAUUCAGCCAAAAGGCCAGGUGAAGACUUCAAGACAGUCUGUCGAUUUGAAAAAAGUGAUAAAUCAGCGAGCACAACUCUUUUAUCACGAUGUUCAUAGAUCCGACAUCAAAAAAACAGUAAAAUGGAUUCAAGAGCUGAAAGUCAUGGAGAUUGAACGAAUUGAUGCUACUUAUGUACUUGUCACCACCAAUGAAACUAAGGUUGAGCAAAUAUCUUCUUGUAUAGUAGAGGAUACACGGAAUAAGUCUUGGAUUUUAUAUGUUACACCUG